AUGUCGGAACGGAAAGUGCUGAACAAAUAUUACCCCCCUGACUUCGACCCCGCCAAGAUCCCGAAGCUGCGGCUCCCGAAGGACCGGCAGUACGUGGUGAGGCUCAUGGCCCCCUUCAACAUGAGGUGCAGGACGUGUGGGGAGUACAUCUACAAGGGCAAGAAGUUCAAUGCCCGCAAGGAGACGGUGCAGAAGGAGUCCUACCUGGGGCUGCCCAUCUUCCGCUUCUACAUCAAGUGCCCGCGCUGCCUGGCUGAGAUCACCUUCAAGACAGACCCCCAGAACACGGACUACGCCAUGGAGCACGGCGCCACCAGGAACUUCCAGGCAGAGAAGCUCCUGGAGGAGGAGGAGAAGAGGAUGCAGAAGGAGAGGGAAGAGGAGGAGCUCAACAAUCCCAUGAAGGUCCUGGAGAACCGAACCAAGGACUCCAAGCUGGAGAUGGAGGUCCUGGAGAACCUGCAGGAGCUGAAGGAGCUCAACCAGCGCCAGGCCAACGUGGAUUUUGAGGCCAUGCUGAAGCAGCACAAGGAGCUGGAGGAGGAGCAGAGGCGCAAGGAGCAGGAGGAGGACGAGCAGGAGAUGAAGGCCAUGUUGGAACAGGCCCAGAACCGCCGGCUCCUGGUGGAUUCUGACUCUGACGAGGAACCAGCAAAACGCCAUCCAAAUCCCACAACCCCAACAAAACCCACGGGCAUCCUGCAGGAGUACCCCCAGAGCAAGAGGCCGAGGAUGGAGAGCUGGGAGCGCAGCCUGGGCAAGCUCAGCACCAAGGCCCAGCUGGCCGGGCUGGUGGCCCGCAGGAAGCAGAAACCAGAUCCUGCCCUGGAUAAGGGGAUGGAAACCCGAGGCACCACGGCCACCACCGGCUCACUUCCAGCAGCAGCAGCCACGUCCUCUCUGGGUUUGCUGGGAGCCUACUCAGACAGCGACUGA